AUGUCUGGACGCGGCAAACAAGGAGGCAAGGUGCGGGCUAAGGCCAAGACCCGCUCAUCCCGGGCAGGGCUCCAGUUUCCGGUCGGCCGUGUGCACAGGCUCCUCCGCAAGGGCAACUACGCCCAGAGGGUGGGCGCCGGCGCUCCCGUCUACUUGGCCGCUGUGCUCGAGUAUCUCACCGCCGAGAUCCUGGAGCUGGCCGGCAAUGCCGCCCGCGACAACAAGAAGACCCGCAUCAUCCCCCGUCACCUGCAGCUGGCCGUGCGCAACGACGAGGAGCUCAACAAGCUGCUGGGCGGAGUCACCAUCGCCCAGGGCGGCGUCCUGCCCAACAUCCAGGCCGUGCUGCUGCCCAAGAAGACCGAGAGCAGCAAGCCGGCCAAGAGCAAGUGAGCCCGGCUCUGCCCCGCCCCGAACCAAAGGCUCUUCUAAGAGCCCCCCACAUGGUCUGUACGACUGAGCUGGCGAUGCCGCUGAUCUCCGCUGUGGAGGCGUCACACAGGGGCA